UGGACAUCUAACCAGUAAACGUUCAUCAGAAAGGGAAAGGCAGGCCUCGAGGGCGUGAUCGUGUGAUCGAGGGGGAACGUGAGAGUGAGUCACCGCUGUCCGUGGUGCUGAAACGCUCGCUUCCCUGAUUGUGACGUAGAUCUACUGAAGAUUUCUUUGAGGAUGAGGUGUGUGUGGGCCGCACUCUGUGGGAUUAUACUGCUAACGCAGGUUAUUAAAACCAAUUCACAAACCUCAGAUAUACCUAUCGGGGACUGUUCUCAGUUCAAUUCGUGUAAUGGCUGCAUCAGCGGAGACCCGGCCCUCAACCUGACACGAUGUGUGUGGCAAAGUUGUAACGACGGAAAUGACACAAGAUGCAUGUCUGACACCAAAGACUUUGGAGGCUGCUCUGUCUACAAUGAGACUGGCAUGUGCCAAGGUGGGUCCGCUGAUGGUGGUGGCAAAGAUACGACCCCUGGGUCAGGCCCUGAUUUCUCUCAAGCAUCAUUUGACCUAUCCAGCUUCAUCGGAGGAAUCAUCCUAGUGCUGGUGUUGCAGGCUGGGGCUUUUUUUGCCAUGCGCUUCCUCAAAACGAAAGACAGCUCUUAUGAAACCAUUGAUCAGCCUCAGUGAGAAAAUGAGUCAUGAAUGGGAGAGAGAACUGUGGAACAAAACAUAAAGAAAAGCAGAUACUCAAAGCAAUGAAUGUUGAAAAGUCUAUACACACUGUUUUCUCUUUUUGCUUGUCCUAAAGCUUUAUUAGCCUGUUAACUGCUUUGGUUAAAUCACCACUUGAAUUUUUGUGUGUACAGAAGAGAGAAUGAUAUAAAUAUGAUUUUAUGACAAAUAUACCACGUAAUUAUUCACAUAUGAGUGUGGGCAUGUGAUUAUCCCUCGUGGAGUGAGUUCAUAUCUGUUUAAGGUGAUUUAAAUCUCCUGGUUUGGCUCUGUUUCUGUUUGUUACUUUGAUCUGAAAGAUUAUUUUAUUUAAUUUGUUGAAUAACUGCAUGCCCUUUGGUCUGCUUUUUAUUAAAUGUUAUGUUUUGUAGGUAGUUGCCUGGACUUAUGUAGCAUUAAGAUUGAAUGAAAAAUGAAGCAAUAAAGUUAUUAGACUCUGGAUGUUA